GUCAGGCGGCCCUAGAGCGGCAGCGCCAGAGCCAGCAAGCGCAGCUCGAGGAGUUGCAAAAGCAGCAGAAGACUCGAUUUCUACUCGCACUGGAUGCGCAGGUGAAGGCUGAUGAGUACGCCCUCAGCAAGGACCACAACGAGCAGCUGAUGCGACUCCAGCAGGAUGCACAGCGGAAACGUGCCCAGCUGGAGCAGCAGGCCACAAGCCUCGUUCUCGAGUUCCAGCAGCGGAAGCUGGAAGAGGAGUUCUACGCCCAGCAGCGAGACAUUCAUCGCCAGCAUGAGGAAGUGCAAAGCAGGUUGGCUACCGAGCUGCAAAAGCUCCUUGCGCCAGGCAAGUCGGGCGGCGACGCACUUUGGGCGGCGCCGCAUCGCAAUCAGAUGCCGCGCGUGAACUCAGAGGGGCCCAGACGGAUCAGCUCUUUCCGACCACUGUCACGUGUGCCGCUCUCCGCCUCACCCAGUAUGCAGCUGCCUGUCGGGAGCCUUAUGCAUCGGUCAGUCUCGUGCGCGGGCACUGUGGGGUCCGAGGCCUCUCUCGUCACGACGCGGACCCUGGCAAAACCUACUGCGCUGGCCUCGCCGCGGUACACGCUGCGCUAG